GGGGUGAGCACAGCCAGCUCUGGCUCACCUCUGUGUGGCUGUGGCUACCUACGCCGCUCUCCCUUUUCCCCAAUGGCCCUUCUUUGCCAAACGUUACAACACACUGAGGCAUCGGCUACACACUGGGGUCUCACCCCAGUCCCACGCACGCAGGGCCCGGCCCGCGAGAGCCAAGGCGGUAGCAGAGCCAGCUCCUGGGGCGCGCCUCUCCCCAAGCUGGCAGGCUCCUUUCCAGGCCUCACUUCCCUGCACGGGCUGCGGCUCACCAGCAGCACGGUGACUUUAGGACCCGGGAGAGCCGCUGAAUCCGGCGGGCUUUAGGACCCGCAAAGCCCUUAGAGCCGACUGCGAAGAGCUGCCUUUCCGUCGCGCUGCUGUGACGUCAUCGCCCCGCGGCGCACGUCGGCGAGGUAACGCGUCGUUUUGGCGCCCGCGUGGAGUCCGGCCUGGCGGCUCAGCUGCCCCCCAUGGCCGCCGCGGAGCAGCCGGCUGCGGCGAUGAAGCGGCGGCGCAAGGCGCAGUACGUGUCAGGGCAGCAGGCCAAGCGGCCCCGGGGCGGCGGCGGGCCGCGGCAGCUGGAGCUCGGCAUGCAGGGCAUCCUCAUCACCUGCAACAUGAACGAGCGCAAGUGCGUGGGGGAGGCCUACAGCCUGCUCAACGAGUAUGGGGACCUGCUCUACGGGCCCGAGAAGUUUACAAAUCAAGAUGACAGGUUGUCAGGAAGCGAAGAGGAGGAAGAUGAUGUUGAAGCUGCCUUAAAGAAAGAAGUCGAUCAGAUUCGCACUUCGACUGAACAGAAGCUGAGACGAUUCCAGUCAGUGGAGAGUGGAGCUAACAAUGUGGUUUUUAUUAGAACGCUGGGUGUAGAACCUGAGAAGCUCGUGCAUCAUAUAUUAAUGGACUUGCACACUACUAAAAAGAAGAAAACAAGAGUUAUUCUGCGCAUGUUGCCCAUUUCUGGAACCUGCAAGGCUUUUAUGGAAGAUAUGCAAAAGUAUUCAGAGACGUUCUUUGAGCCUUGGUUUAAAGCCCCUAGUAAGGGUACUUUUCAGAUUGUUUACAAAGCUCGUAAUAACAGUCACAUGAGUAGGGAAGAAGUAAUCAAAGAAUUGGCAGGAAUAGUGGGCAGCCUAAAUCCAGAAAACAAAGUGGACCUUAAUAACCCCCAGUAUACCAUUGUGGUAGAAAUAAUAAAAAAUGUCUGUUGCUUGAGUGUGGUGAAAGACUAUGUUUUGUUCAGAAAAUAUAAUCUACAAGAGGUGGUGAAGAGCAAAAAGGAGGAGCUGGUGCAGCAAAACCUGUUGAGUGCUUCCCAAGGGGAGAAGUUGGAAGAAAUAAAACUUGCAGAAGAGGACACUAAAGAAGUGAAACCAGAAGACAAAAAUCAGGGUGAAGAGGAAGCUAAGCCCAAUGAGAGCGAUAAUCAGGAGGCAUAGAGAAUGUGAUGGAAGGGGAAGACAGACACUAAAGAUCACUGUAAAAAGACUGGCUUAAAGUUUUGAAAUGGAUGUUUAAAGAGGAGCUUAAUUUUUUAUUUUAAAUUUGCUUUUUAAAAUAUCCUAUUUUAAAAAAAAAUGUAAUGCUCCAUCCUGUCUUUGCUAUUGGAGUCAAUGUUGCAGCACGCAGUGUCAGAGAGAGUAAGUGACAAAUAUCACCAAACUCUUCAGCCUGAUUCUCCAGUGCCUUCCAUCUUGUGUGGUCAUAUAUCUGCAAAGUGUGUGUAAAUUGUUACCAUUCUGAUCUGGUAGCAUUUUACACCCACUUACCACAUGUAAAUAACUACCAUAGGGUGCCGGGCUGACUCAACCCCUUUGCCUCCAGACAUUGGCAGAGGCAGGAUUGAGAGGUCUGGAAAAGGACAGGAUCUUGCAAGGGGAUUUAUUUGAAAAUACAGUGCCGUUUUGUUUUGGUGACAUGACUUUGCAUACUAUAUAAACCUUGUUGUCUUAUUAAAUACAGAAUGAGCCAUAAGCACCUGACUUUCUGUAUGUUGUUCAGAUGUCUGCAAAGACUAGUGUACAACAUAUUAAUAUGUCUUUGAAAUAUGUUGGGUGGAGAAGAGGAAUUGCCACCAUCAAAAUAUCUCGGUAUUAUGAGCAAACCUCUCCCUCAAAUUCCUGUUAUUUUCUAGAACAGACAGAUGCCAGUGUGGAAGUCAUGUAUAUUUAUGGCAAAAGCACCCUGUGGCAUGUCUGUCAAGAACAGCAAUGUACAUAAUGGAUAGGCACAUAUAUGGUUAGCCACUAACAGUCUGUGAAGAACCCAUGUCUAAGGAUACUUAUUCCAAGGCCGCUCUUUCAUUUAAGUUUAUUUUUAUUAAAUAGUCUCAUUGGUUUUAUUUUUUUUUAUUAGCUGUGCUCUUAUUUGAGUUAAACAUCCUUUUUAAACUUCUUGAUGUGAAAGCAGCUCUCUAUAUUACACAACAUCUAGUAGAAAAAGUUUAACUUUUUGUAAUGGUUUCAGUUUUACAAAAUGAGUGUUUUGUCCCAGUUUGAAAAUAGCGUCUGAGUUUUUCCUCUUCCUAGAAUGUUUAAAGAGUAGGUCUCAUUGAUAAGUUACAGUAUCAUUUUUACAAAGACUAGAAACCCAGAUUUUUUUUAAAAACCCUAUUUUAAUAUAGUGCGGCUAUAGCUUGUUUUCCAGUAGUAUUGUUGCCGUACACUUUUUGUACAAGUGAAUGUCUUAGUUCUUUCAUGAUACACUUACAACUUAAACCUAUAGGUGUCACUAAUGGAAAAGCACUUGCUCCAAAUAACACCAGCUGGCUUGACUAUGAUUUAAUGAAAAGGACAUGGUUGAGCCUCUUAAGGGUUUUGUUUUAUGACCUCUAGUGUGUAAAACUGUUUUAAGUGUGAAAAUUAAAAAAAAAUGCUUCCGUA